AUGGCGGAAAGCGCCGUCGCCCCCAGCGCCACUAAAAGCAAUGCAGUUCAGCUGACUCCCGUUGAGGCUUUUCGGGCUUGCGUGCUGAUAGAUGAGGCACUGAGACAGCUUAGUUUCGUGAGCAAACUGGUGCCCGCAGGGCACACAGCCAGAAGAGAUGAACUGUCUCUGUCCAAGGGCGACGACAUUGUACGCAUGAUUCAGGAACAGAGUUCUCUGCAGGAAAAAUUCAAGGAGUUGACUGACAGCAAGCAACAGCUGAGAGGAUUAAGUAAUAUUGAAAAGCUGAAGAGCGUGGAGGCCGAGCUCGAGGAAGUUUCGCAAAAGCUGCGGGAGGCAAAUAAAGAGCUUUGCCGGAAUUUGAAGCAAAAUCCAAAUCUUCAAGAGAACGCCGUCAAAUUGCAGCUUGAGAGACAGAAAGUGGAGGAAUGGUAUGCCGACGUGCGAGAUGAACUCCAGGACGCUUACACUUUCAAGUCUCUACAAGACAGAGUGGCUCAAGAGAAGCACCAACAAGAAAAACUCAAUGAGGUAAAGAAGAGAACCAGGGAGUCCGCGCAAGCAGUUCGACUUCUUGAAGCAGAGUUGAAGAAGGAAACUGCAGAGUACGAGAGAGAAAUGAAACAGACGAAUGCAGAGAUCUCCUCGUUGAAAGAAGAACUCCAGCAGAACCGGCUGAAGUCAUCUCUCAAGCUGUCUUUCGAAGAGAAGCAACUGGCGGCUCAGGAACAAGCAUUGCUUCGUGUGUUUCAGCAAAAAGAAAUCGAGCUUCAGCGGCAGCUAGCGAAGGAGCUCAGCGAGGCUUAUCUUGAAGAGUUCGCACACACGGAGAUUCUCAAAUUUUCGCGAGAAUAUAUUCAGAAUGUCCAAGACGAGAAACAGGCAUGGCAUGAACGGUUCACCAAAGAAACCGAAGAAAAACAGAAAGAACUUACCGCCCUUCUCAAACACCAGAACUCGCUUCUAAGAACUCUGGCGGUCGCCCAACAACGCUUGGACGAAGACCGGGAGCGGAAAGAUGCGGAAGAGAAGGCAGCGAUUGCCAAGGCUGCGAUUUUAGUUGAGAGGUCGAAGCAGGCAGAGAAGCUGAAGCAGGCAGCCAGCACAAUCAGGCACUUUGCACGGUUGUAUCUCAAGAGGAUUCAAGAAACGCUUCAAGAGUCUAAGAAGAACAAAGGGAAGGGAAAGUUGAAGGGAAAAGGAAAACGUUAA